AUGGAAGACAGACAAAGUAUUUUGUUCGACCCAAAAGCUUCUCACUUCUUCAAGAUAAUCCUCCACGCCACGAUUCAAAGUGGAAAACUCAUUAUACCGAAGAAAUUUAUUAGGAAAUAUGGAGCAGAGCUAUCUAAGUCCAAUGUUAUGCUUCUCAAGGUUCCCAGCGGUGAUGCCUGGGAGGUGGAGCUGAUGAAAAAGGACGGCAUGGUUUGGCUGGGUAAUGGGUGGCGGGAUUUCGUGUACUUCUACUCCGUAAAACACGGAGACUUCCUUGUGUUCUGGUACAAGUCAGGGAGUUCUAAUGAGUUUGAUGUGAUCUUGUUUAAUAAGAGUGCCACGGAGAUUGAAUACCCUUUGAAAUCUCCGAUGACUUCGUCUCUAGUCAAGGUGGAGGAAAUCAGUGACGAUGAAGAUGAUGUUGUUACAAGAAAAGCAUCAGACGCCUAUAUGUCAUCUUCAAGGAUUACGAGAAGAACAAGUCAUAUGCUCGCGGGAAAUUAUUCCUCUGGUAAGAACAAUGUGUUCUCAAAAGCACUCCAAGGAGCGGAGAAAGAUAAAGCACUUGAAAGAGCAAAGUCGUUCAAAUCUUCGAAUCCAUACAUUCCAGUUGUGAUGCAGCCUUACUACAUUCAUCCAUCCUUUAUAUACUUUGUGCUGAAAAAUCACUAUUUAAUUCUGCAAAAUGUGUCGGGAAAAUUCCUAGAGAGUUAUAUGGGCCAAAAGAAGAGUGGUGAAGUGAAACUUCAUGUUUCCAGUGACAAAAUAUGGAUUGUCAGGUACAGCAUCAGAAAGUGGUCGGGAAGAAGGGUACAAGCCAAAAUUUCUGGAGAUGGUUGGAAGGCAUUCGUAAUUGACAAUGGCUUAGUUGUGGGUGAUGUUUGCAUCUUCGAAUUGAUUUGA